UGUGUAGAUAUCAGAGCAGCAGAAGAAUGAGGAAGCCGGAACUGUGUAGUGGUAAAGACAGCAAGUUUAGAAAGGGAUUGUGGUCGCCAGAAGAAGAUGAGAAACUGAUGAACUACAUGCUGAACAAUGGACAAGGUUGUUGGAGCGACGUGGCAAGAAAUGCUGGCCUCCAAAGAUGUGGCAAAAGUUGUCGGCUACGAUGGAUCAAUUACCUGAGGCCUGAUCUUAAGAGAGGUGCAUUCUCACCCCAAGAAGAGGAACUCAUCAUCCACUUCCAUUCCUUUCUUGGAAACAGAUGGUCUCAAAUAGCGGCGCGUUUGCCUGGGAGAACCGACAAUGAGAUAAAAAACUUUUGGAAUUCAACCAUAAAGAAAAGACUCAAGAACAUGUCUACGACCACAGCUUCAACCUCACCAAAUUCAAGUGAGACCUCGUCUGAACCAAGUAAUAAAGACCUCAACAUGGGAGGGUUUAUGCCUACACAACAUCAUCAGCAUGCAACCUUUGUGCCUGUGUUUGGUUCAUCUCCAACACAAUCAAUGCAAACAACAGUUUUCAACACAAUGAUCGAAAGGUUGGAUCAUGAACUAAACAUGCCACACGUUGGUGAAUACUUGGAAGGCACAGGGCCAUGCUUUUCUCAAAAUGAAGCUCACAACAAAAGUUCUUAUUUAGAAAACGGAGUCUUUGGGAGUGUAAAUAUUGGGAUUGAAGGGGAUAUGUUUGUUCCUCCCCUUGAGAAUCUAAACACCAGCAACAAUCAUAACCUGAGUAGCACCUGCAAGAGUUACUUUGAUGACAUAAAUAGUAUCCUUAACAACUGCAACAUUGGCAUAUCUAGUGAAAAUAAGGAAGGAGUGGAGAAUUUGUUUCAGCAAGAUGCAGAAUGGGACUUUGAGGAGUUGAUGAAAGAUGUUUCCUCCUUUCCGUUUGUUGAUUUUUCAUUCUGAUUAUGAACUUUCUGGGGAUUCCAUAUUUCCAAAUCCAAGCCUCCAGAACUCUAUAUAUCAUCCUUAUUUUGCACACUCAAUCUUGUAUUAUACACUGCUAUUUUUUGCCCUUGUACCGAAUUCAUAAGUUAGCAAACAGACAGAUAUAGGUCUCAAAUAAAAGUCCAACGUAUAAGUAUUUCUUGGUAUCAAUUGCUGAUCGUGUUAUUAGUCUUUCAGGUUAAUUAACUUCUGCACUGACAGUUUUUAAGAUCAUCACUCCUUUGCUGGAAACCUGUGUAAAUCUGCCAUACUUGUAAAAAAAAGGAUGUGAAUAGAUUGUUAUACAUUA